CAAUACAAAUACGUGCGCGCGCACAAUGAAGUAUUAGACCAGAUGCACAUCAUAAUUCAACUAAAGCCGAAUCCCGGACAUUUUCGCAAAUUUAGAAGUCCCGGCCGGACGCUUUUUAAUUGUCCGAAAAAGAGGACGUAUGGUCACCCUAUUUUAAUGUGUUCCUCCAGGUUAAUAUGUUGUGUGUAAUUUAAUUGAGCAACUACGCCCUCUACACGUAAGAUUUUGAAAACAACAGACAUGGCGGAAGGUGUGUGCAAUAUCCGUAAGGCCUACUGCUAAAUCAAAUGUUUUACCAAAAUAUAGGCAUUGUUUUAAGGUAAAUACGUUCGCUUUUUGCUUUACUCUUCAAUUUAGACAAUGCUUUUUUUCUAGUGAUAUUUUUCAGCAGUUCACAUUUUAUAAACGCAUGUUUUUUGUUUUGUUUUUUCGCAUUGAGAGGAUAAUAAAGGAUCGAUUUAACUCUUAAACGUUUCUUCCAAACGUUAAUUUUAUUUAGAAGAGCCCAUGAAUUCUAAAGAAAUAAUUAAUUAUGCUACACAAAUAGAGAAGUUGCACAAGGAUGGCAGCUAUGAAGAUAUAAUUUACUUAUUGACAGAUCUGAACAACACUACUGUCACCUUAGAGCAGUUACAGACUACAGACAUUGUUUAUGUCCUUUAUAAGCUGCUUAAGUUCUGUCCAGUUGUGAGUGUUAAAAAAUUCGCAAAGGGCUUGCUGUCAAAAUGGAAGAAGUUGUACAGUUCACAUGCGAUAAAAAAUAAUAAGGGCUCGGGGGAGAACAAAGGACCUGAGACACACAAACUGCCUAAUAGUGAUGUUCACUCGGAAACCCCACCUGUAACCAAUGGAGUGCAGCAUUUGAAUCAAAAGGUGAAAGAAAAACGAAUCUUUACAUGCAACACUGUAAACCAGGACAUAAGUGACAUUAGUCUAUGCUCAGUUCAUCUGCCUUCUGAAAAGCGUUGUUCAGAAAAGGAACCUGGGGAAUCUGUUGAGCUUCAAUGUGAAGGAGAGAGCUUCACUUCAGACACAGUGUCACAUAGAGCAGAUAAAGAUGAAGAUUUUCUAUCCUCACUUCCACAAAACACAAAUCAGCCCAGCACUUCUUCUGACCCAAUGGACCUAAGAUCCAAAUUUGUCCUGUUGAUUCUCCAGGCUCUUACCCCAAAUCAGCAAAUCGACUCAUAUCAGACAGAUAAGCUCACAGCCCUUGCUCUGGAAAUUGAAACAUGUGUUUAUACCAUUCAUGGACGAAACCAGCCCAAGUACAAGUCCUGCCUUAGGAGCAAAGUGGCCAACCUAAGGAACCCAAAGAACCCUCACCUGCGCCAAGGCCUUAUAUCAGGAAACCUGACUCCAGAUGUGUUUGCAAGGAUGUCUACAGAAGAGAUGGCAGGGGAGGAACUCCGACAGCUCAGGAAGGGUUACACCACUUUGGGCAUUAGUGAGCAUCAGUUACCACAUACCGUGGAAGGGACACCAACUCAUAAAGUUCGCUGCAGGCGCUGUGAAGCUUUGGACUGCAGGGUGACACAGAUCUCACAAGGGGUGCUCUUUCUGCCCUCCUGGGUACGGAGUGUUAGUGCAGAUGAUGAUGCAAUGACUUUUGUGACCUGUGCCAACUGUGGGGAACAGUGGUACCACAGCAGCUGGGUUUGCCUUUGAGCAAAAGCAUAACUCUGGGUAUUGAUAAGUAUUAAAGUAAUUUAGUGUUGUUAAACUGUACUAUUUGGCCUUUUUUCUGCAGUUGUUGUUUUCUUGUGGCCUUUAAUUUAGAUAUAAUCUGACAAUAGUGCAAUAACAUAGCAUGUUUACAUUUAGGAGCAAAAAUACCUUUAUGAAACUCAUACAUUUCACUUUCAUUGCUCAUAAACUUCAUGAAUCAUAAUUUUAAAAAUAAUAUUCGUCAGCCAGAGCUACUCCAUGUAAUGUUAAAAUGUCUCUGAUCUGUGAUUCAUGCAAUAAAAAAUUUAGAAAGCUGUUUUGAAAAAAAAAAAUAGCUGCGUCUGAAAACUGUAAAAUGCUGCCUUCCGAGGCUGUAUACAGAGGUAAGAUGAAAAUAAGGUACUUUUCAAACUGUUCUGAGACCAGUUUUAUUAAGAGAUCCAUUCAUUCAAAAGCACUGUUGGCUAACCAUUAUCUCAUUAGGCAGCAAGUCAGCUGCCUACAUUUUCAUAUGCAGCCAAUGUUUAUGUUUGCAAUUCCAUUCGGUGGCGCUAGUGUUGCAGAAAUUACGUACUUCAGCUUUAAAGCUGAAAGUAUGCAAUUUUUUUCGAUUAAAAUACUUUCUUCUAUCCCAGCAUAAUAUGCAGAGACAAUUAUAAGUACGCCAUUCACAGGUUAAUGUUCUUGAAAACUGUAAACACUGUCUCUGUGGCGCAAUAAAAAUUCCUGUGUUUGUUUUGAGCAACCUGCGUGGACCUAUCUGACUGUAUAAACAACUGAAGACGAAGGCCGUAUUCAGAAAGCUGUUUUGAAAACUGCUUAUUUUUGCCGUUCGAUGGCGCUAGUGUCGCAGAAGUUGAAGAUGUAUCGCUUCAGGUUUAUACAAUUAAAUCAAUUCUUUCAUAGUGGGUAGAAAAAAGAUACUCGGUCAAUUUGUUACAAACGAAUUAUUUUCAAGAAAAUAUUUUCUGUGUUUCUUUUGACUUUAGUCAAUAAAACAUUUUGCAUUAUGGAAUUUUUAUUUUUAUUUAUUUUUUUUUUUUUGCGCUUACUGUUUUUCUUGCACAGUAUAAACAGUCUUCAUUCAUACAUCAUUCAUUCAUGCCUUUAUAUUUUAUUAACUUUAUGGGUAUGUUUUAUGGGUCCUCGGCAUAAAAAAGUUUGAAAACCUCUACUUUAUUAAUAGCUUUGUCUACUAAAUGAAUAGAGAAACAGUAACACUGGCUCAUGAUUUGUUGGUUGCAGUUCCCUUUUAUUUUGCUAAUCUGUAACCAAAGUGUCUAGAGUAUUUUUAUUGCACUGUCUAAACUCAAGAGCUCUUUAGGCUCAGCAAACAUGUGACAGAAAGUGUGCCACAUGCAGAGAGCAUGUGAGCUGGUAAUCUGUUCAAGAUGGAGUCCAAAGGCUGAUGUCUAAGUCCAAAGAGCCUCACAUAUUCGUGAUUUACAGCACUGACAAAAACAUUAAGUUUUCUGCUGUUUACUUGUAUAAAUCAUGUAAGGAUUUAGAUGAAUUCAGACAUGUCUUGAAUAUGUAAAGGUCCACAUGAGAAAUAAAUUUGUACUUAUUUGCAUAGUAAGAUUU